AAACCAAAUAAAUUUAAGGAAGAAGGGGGAGAAGAGUAUGUGGUAGGCUGUGCCUUGCAUGACUGACACACAUGACGUGUUUCUUCUGCUCACUGUUCUAUGCUAAUACAACACCUUCCACUUUUCCUUCCUCUAACUUCUUCAUUCUUAACAACAACAACAAUGUUUUUUUCUCAACCCUUUAGUUCUUCUCCCACAUUCCCCCUUAGAUUUAGAUGCACCACCUUCAAACUCAACAAACCUUUCACCGUUGUUGCUUCUGAUCGCUUCCCUCCUUUUCUUCCCAACGAAAUCCACACCGUCAAAGACCCCUUUGCUCGAAAAUUCGCAAUGCGGAUUCAAAGAUUACCUGUUCCUGUUAGCUUUGCAGAAAAUUCCAUCAUGAGCAGUUGUGUGAAACCACUGGUGCAGAGCAAGGAACCUCCGAUCGUUCUUCUACAUGGUUUUGAUAGUUCAUGUUUAGAAUGGAGAUACGGAUAUCCAUUGCUUGAAGAAGCUGGUUUCGAGACUUGGGCGAUUGACAUUCUUGGUUGGGGUUUCUGUGAUUUAGCUAAUCUUCCUCCUUGUGACGUUGUAUCAAAGCGCAAUCACUUCUAUCAGUUUUGGAAGUCCUACAUCAGAAGGCCAAUGAUAUUGGUUGGACCAAGUCUUGGCUCCGCCGUUGCCAUUGACUUCACGGUCAAUUUUCCAGAAGCUGUAGAUAAACUUAUUUUGAUUGAUGCUAGUGUAUAUUCAAAGGGGACUGGAAACUUAGCAACUUUACCUAGAUCGGUAGCCUAUGCCGGAGUAUCUUUAUUGAAGAGCCUUCCAUUACGCUUAUAUGCCAAUUACUUGACCUUCACUAACAUGUCCUUACGCACCAUCCUUGACGGGACUAAUGUGGGCCGCUUGCAUUGCCUAUUGCCUUGGUGGGAUGAUGCUACCGUUGAUUUCAUGACUAGUGGUGGUUACAAUGUUUCUUCCCUAAUAAGAAAGGUAAAGCAGAAAACCCUGAUAAUAUGGGGUGAAAAUGACCGCAUCAUCAACAAUAAACUUGCAGUGCAACUACACUGUGAAUUACCUGAUGCAAUUCUACGCCAAAUACCCGACUGUGGACAUAUUCCUCAUUUGGAAAGACCAGAUUCUACAAUCAAAUUAAUUGUUGAAUUUAUUCAGACAGAGAACAAGAAAUUAAGUCAAUGUGUUUCACAAGUAAGGCAAGUAAGCAGUUAAUAUUUAGUCAAGCUGCAAGUGAUAGAGAGCUAAACAAGUUUUUCGAAUGCUCCUUCGCUAAUUAGAGUUUUAGACGAAGAUAUAAGCAAUGUAGCUGCUGCAGUGGCAUAAUAAGUUUUAGAGGAAGAAAGAAACAAUGUGUGUUGCAGUAGUUGCCUAAUAUUGUUAAGUAAAAAGCCUUUCUCAUAUUAUAUAUCGUUUAUUUUGUAAGUUAAUGUUUUAGUUGUUGGCUCAAAAAAUGUCAAAUGUAACUCUCCUUUGGAUGUUGAAUUAUGUUUUCAGUGAAUAAUGUUCUUCACUGUCAUC